UAAUUUAAUUUCAAAAAUAUUUAAAGAUACGAACUAGAGAGCAAUAUGAAAAUAAAAGAGAAAUGGGAGUUUCGCGAAAUAUGAUAACGAGAAUGAAAGUUGUCAUGAUUUCGUUGCCAUUCCAUGAAUCAGUUGCUAUGUAUUAGUGGCACAUUGCAUACAGGCGAGAUAUCCCACUCUGCGAGCUCGUUUCCAUUCGAUAAUUCGCGAAUCCGCCGUGAUCCCUGUAACAUCGUACGUUUCGUCGUGGCGCCCACGAAGGCCCAUCACGGUGGAGGGGUAAAUCCGCUAAGCUCACGUGAAACCAAACCCACUACUGGCGGAAGUUGAGAUGGAAGGGACACCGGUCUCAUAUAUGUUCGACCACGCACGCUUCACAACCACUCCGAGCCUGUGACACACGGUCCAAGGCCACGGUUGACGGUCAAGUUCAGAGAGGAAAAAAGAGACAAAGUUCGAGAGGGGGUGACAGACGUGAUAGCCAAUUACUAGGGAAACUAUCGCGCGAUUUUCGUGGUGAUAACGGUGCGCCUUGGUGAGGAUCGACAAAUUUGGUGGAGAAAGCAGGUAACCAUGAGGAUAACCGCGCCGGUUUUCUUGGUCCUCGGACUCGUUCUGCACGUCCAUUGCGCGGUAACGGAGAAGACCAAGCCAAAUGAGGAUGAGACGAGCAUUCUGGAGUGCAUGUUCGCGGACAAUGCUGGAAAUUGCUUCAGGACGAGACUGGCCCGUGACCUGGACCGGAUCGAGUUAGAAGUUACCGGGAAGAACAGCGAGCCUCCGAUGAGUGCGGUGAUCGAACAGGCUGGUAAUAUCGUUGCUGAAUUUGUCGAUGAUCUGCAGAAGAACGACGGGAUCAUUACCGACAAUGCGGAAGAAAUCGUCGAGAAGGAUGGCCAUAUAGAAGAGGCGCGCAAGAAGAAGUUUGGCAAGAAAAAGUUGAAGCAUCUGCAGAAACUUCUGGGACUGGCGAUGCUGCUGAAGACGAAACUCAGCCUGUUGCUGCAGUUGAUAAGCACCCACUUCCAGCUCAAGUUCUUCGUCAUCGCCGUCAUCUCGCUGAUACUGAACGCCGCCAGGUUCUGGAUCGAGAUCAAGAAGAGCCAUCCUGCCAAGGUUAUCUACUACGAGCACGCGCAGCAUCAGCAUCAUUACGAUCACGACGAUCACGGCUACUGGGGAAGAUCGUCGAACGAGACGCCUCAGGAACUCGCGUACCGUGCUUACAUACCCACGGACUGACAUCAGGAUCGGAUAAAUUUAGCCGAGGAGACGAUCACUUUGCGCGAGAGGGAAAUCAAGGAAGAACCGAAAUAAUAACGAAAAUUCCGUCGCAAAAUGAUUACCGUCUCAACAUCCGUGACUUAUUCUUUAAUUAACAGCUUUAGUCCGAAAGUCAGGAAGUAUUUGCGACAUUUGAUAUUUAUAUAGUGUAUAGUAUUUAUUUAUAUAUUUAAUUUAUCGCAUUGUGCGCCGGCAUAUGUUACACGAUCAUCUUGAGUUUCACUUUAAUUGAUGAUGGAUGAUCGGAAAUUUCUCUGACCUCUAAUUAUCAUAUAUAAAAAUAGUAUUCCUUAAUCGCCUUAUAAGUCAUGUACCAAAGUUACUUACGAGUACCUGUUCUAUAUCUCGUCAGAAAGAAAUUUCUUAGGAGAUCAACUAUUUUAAUUAAAAGAACGUGCUAUUACUCGUAUCGUGACUCAACAAACUUAGAAUCUUAGACCUAAGUUUAACGCCUCUCUUUGAAUGUUUAUUAUGAUAAAUACAAUAAUAGUAGAAAAAUUAUACGUUCUUUAAAAAAAAGUUUCUCUGUAGGAGAUAAUGAUAAUUUAUAAUAGCUAUCAAUUAAUUUCUACAACAUGUACUACAUGUAUGUACUAAAUUUUUUGAUAAUAAACUGUACGAGUAUACGAUCCAAGAUGGAAUUCUUUUUAAGACACGAUUGCAGAUGUAUCGACUGAGGAAAGUAAAAAAUUCGUCACGUCGUCGUGGAGAGAAACUUUGGCGGUUCCACGAUGCACGAAUCACACGACCUUCUUUAGUCGCACGAUGGACCAUCCUGAAAUUUUUGUAUUCCUCGUCAUAGCAUGAUGGGCAAUGUGACUGGAAUCCUUAAGAAGCGGCGAUACUUUCAGGGUGGUUACCUUGCUACUGAUCAUUUCAAUGAUAAACGAGAUUUGUGCAACGAUUGCAGCGCAUUGAUAUGCUAUAAACCGUAAAAAGAAGUUUCUUACGAAAGAAACGCGUAUCGGAUCUU